AUGUUUUCCCUCCGCAUUUUGUCCAUCCUAGCUUUGGCUUCGGCUUGCUGUGUAUAUUCGGCCCCCAUCGAGCAAUUGAACCGACGGAUAGACCAGAUCAUUUCAGAUUCAACUAAACCAUGGCAAGACGCAUGCGUUAAGGCUGGUGGAACACAGGACAAAUGUAGUAAUGUUGCGGUAACCGCAUUCACAAGCCUCCUCGAAGCGGGGGGUGCCUGCGACCAACAAAAUUCGGCUGACGCCAUGAUCGACCUCGCUAAACAGCUGGGUAGUGAUCCUGAUAUGAUUCGAUUGGCACAGAUUUUUGUGCAACAGCCUCGCAAUUCGCCUGAUAAGUUACAAGUCCCAUACUGUCAGGUUGCUCCAAGAAAUGAGGAGCUCAAUGGACUCUUCCACUGCCAGUUUUCUGGAUCUGAUUUUACGAAAUUUAGCGGUGAUCAAACUGGUAACGUGCCACUCGGGCUCACUUCUUUGAGUCCUGCUGGAUCUUGUCCGGCAAACCCUCAAGGUCCUGUUCCCGAUGGCGUACAGCUCAACACUCUGGUUCAAGAACCUGUCGCCAAUACGUGA